AUGCAAGUCAGAACAUCGUGCAGUGCAACACCCCCGACGUGGUGCAAGCACGGACCGACAUCAAGACUGCAUGGUUGCCCUACAAGGCACGCUGAAAAACAAGUGCCGAUUCGCCGCGCGGACGGGUCCACGGACAUGGAGGUGCUUCAGGCGGUCUCCCAAAGUGCUUUGCCGGUGCAUGAUGCCUCAGCGUUGCUUUUGUCGCGGCUGAUGAUCCAAGCGAAUGCAGCACUGAAGUACAUGCCCAGUGUCAUCGAGGAUCUCCUGUUCCGACAGCGAACCAUCAUCCAACGAUUGGCCAAAGGGCUUUUGCUGCUGAGUCAAGGUGUGGAUGUUCUGACGAACAUCGACGAGUUUGGCGACACGAUCAUUCUCUUUGAGACCUCCUUGCGCGGCAUCUUGCGCGGGGUGCCCUUCGCGGGCUUGCCAGUGAUGACACAACUGUGCCCAAUGAUUCAAAUGGCACAGGUGACGCGCUUCUACCAAGAUGUCCGGCCCUUGCUCUCCGCAACCUUGAGUGCAUCUGGAGUGCGAGCAAUCCAAGAGGCUGCUAUCUUUGUGGUAGAUGAAUCGGUGACGCUGAUGGAGAUCUUGUUCACUGCCAUGAUGGAUGCAGCCAGAUUGAUCAUGGAGAAUGAGAACAGCUGCACGCCUUGGGUGGGUAUGACUGGCGUCGAUUGGUUCCGCUUCAUGGAAGCCUUGUCACGGCAGCGCUUGCUGAUCCAGCGCAUCACGCAGGAGGGUUGA